CGGGAUCGUGGUGGUGGUGGUGGAAGAUCCCGGGAUUUUCUCUCCCCUGCCCGGCCUUGUCCGGGUCGCCGGGGGCUGCCGGGCGGAGCUCCAGGAUGUGGAAACUGGUGCCCGCCUCGGGAAAAGGAGAACCAUAUCGGCUUCUAAGCGGUGUAGAAUAUGUUGUUGGACGCAGAAACUGCACAAUUCUCCUUCAGGACGAUCAGUCUAUCAGUCGAAGUCACGCAGUUCUGACUGUAAGUCGGCCUGAAACAAGCCCUAGUCAGUGUCUCUCAGUACCUAUAUUAACAGUAAGAGAUACAUCCAAGUAUGGCACUUUUGUUAAUGGAUCAAAACUCAAUGGUGCUUCAGUGUCUUUGCAGUCAGGUGACAGAAUCAACUUUGGAGUCUUUGAGAGCAAGUUUAGAGUGGAAUAUGAACCUUUGGUUGUCUGCUCCUCGUGUUUAGAUGUAGCACAGAAAGAUGCUUUAAAUCAAGCCAUCCAGCAGCUUGGAGGCCUUGUAGUGAAUGAAUGGACAAAAGAAUGUACCCACCUUGUAAUGGUAUCAGUAAAAGUUACUGUUAAGACUAUAUGUGCUUUGAUUUGUGCUCGACCAAUUAUAAAACCGGAGUUUUUUUCUGAAUUAAUCAGAGCUAUUCAGUCCAGGCAACAGUUGCCAAAUCAUGAAAGCUUUUAUCCUCCAGUUGAUGAGCCUUCCAUUGGCAGCGAAAGCUUGGAUUUAUCUGAGCAUCAUGAAAGGAAAAAAAUAUUCAGUGGAAAAACUUUUGUAUUUCUAACUGCCAAGCAGCACAAGAAACUGGGUCCAGCAGUUGUUCUUGGAGGAGGGGAAGUAAAGUUGAUGACAGAAGGAAGAAAAGAAAUGCCUUUACUACUUUCUCCUGCAGUCUGUGUAGUUGAUGUGGGUUUGGCAAACUCUCAGCUCUCAGGAUCUGACUCUGUGACAAACUGGACUGAUUCCAUUCUGACUGACUUGGAAAGCAAGAAUCUUAGGGCUAUUCCAGAGGCAGAAAUUGGAUUGGCAGUUAUUUUCAUGUCUACAGAAAAAUACUGCAACCCUCAAAAGCAGCCUGCUUCCAAAGCUGUAGCUGCAAGUUCUGCAUCAGCUGUCGUAGGCCGAGCCAUUUCCCAGAGUCCGGCUGUGGAUGAAACCAUCAUGCCAACUGCUGCAGAUAGCAGCACCUUAUACAUACCUGAUACAGAAGAGCAGACAUGCAUGGAGAUAGAGAAUACUUCCCAGGUGCAUAGACAAAGGAAAAUGGCUUUCCAGGAUACAACUGGAAAGAAAAACAGUGGCACAAGUAGCAGUGUAAAUGCAGGAGCAUCGAUACCUAGAGGGAACAGAACAUCUGGGCUCAGUCAAAGAAGUCAGCCUGUCUCACCGUCUAAAAUUCUAGAAGCUGGCAAACCUCGUGAGAGUGCUUCACGUCACCAGUCGAACUCAAUUAUGAAUUACUUUCAGGUUUCUAGAAAAAGGGAAAGAGCUGAAGAAGAAGAAACAUCUGUACCUAAAAUAGCAAAAUUGGAGGAAAGGUCAUCACCUCUUCCCAAGUGCACUGAUUCCACAACUUCAUUGAUCUGCAACAGUGAAGCAAAACAGAAUCAAAAGAAAAAUAACAUCCUUGAGCCAAACCCAAAUUUUGCAGAAGACAUGGGUAUAAAGCCUGUGAGGGAAAGUGUCAAACUAACAAGUGAUAGAACAGACACUAAAACCACUUCUAGUGAAAAUCAUGCACCAAAAAAGAGAAAGGAAUUAGAUGAUUUAUCUAAAGAUACAGAAGCACUAGAAAUUGUGUUUGGAAGUGGAGACAUAGACUGGGAAGAUCAAAUGGUAGAUCAUGACCAGGAAGCUCAAAGAAGUAAACGGAAAAAACAAUGUUUGGAAGCCAAAGGAAGCAGGAUUCCAGAAGUAAAUGUAAAUCAGCAAGAGGAGAAUAAAGUAUUGAAAGAAGAGGAUCUUGGAUCAGUUCUAACUUCAGAAAUGAAAAGUAAUAUCAAGCAAGAGUCUCCAGUCUUGAACCACAGCAAACUGCAAGAUGACUCCAGCAAUCUUCCUAGCAGGCUUCUGUUGACGGAGUUCAGAUCACUGGUUGUCAGCCAUCCAAGACAGAACAGUCGUCUCUCUGGAAAUACCAGCUAUGGGGGAAAGAAAAAUUUCAAAAUGUUCAAAAAGGUAGCUUACCCUGGGGCAGGACAACUUCCACACAUUAUUGGAGGAUCAGAUUUGAUUGCUCACCAUGCUAAAAAGAAUUCAGAGCUAGAAGACUGGUUAAGGCAAGAAAUAGAGGAACAGAACAGACAUGCAAGAGAAGAAUCACUUGCUGAUGAUCUCUUUAGGUAUGAUCCUAAUGUGAAAAGAAGAAGAUAAAUUGUGAUCUGGAUUUACAGUGUUUCUCUGGCAAAACCUGCUUUCUGUUCCUUAAGUUUCCUGAUUACAGUGUAUAUGAUGUUCCUAUAUAUGACCAUUUGAAUAUCUCUUAUUGUAAGACAUGUUUUCUAAGUCUUGCUUUUAUUAAAAAAAGAGAAAAGUUCCUUUCACUGCUUGGUACUUACAGAUUGCACCAUUGUCAAGACCUUCCCAUUAUUCACUUCAGAGUAAUGCUCAGUAAAAUACUAUAGAUACUUAGGAUUUCAUUUUAGACUAUUUCUAAUGUUUGGUUAUCAGUACUGUUUUGGGAAAAAAAGAAAGUUGCCAUCAGGCCAUUUUUUCUUUUUUUCAGAAAGCCUUUGUUAAUUAGGUAAUUUCAAAGGUAUCUUAAGAAUUGAAAAUCUGUUGAGGCUGAGAUUCAACUGGUGUUUGAUCAUGAUAUGAUAGGGUUGAUAAGAUAUGAUCGUUAUAUGAUUCAUAAUGAACCACUUCUCUGUGGUUCAUUUUAUAGAGCAUAUUACUGGUACAGAAUAUCUUGGAACUGAAAAAACCAGCUUAUUUUUCUCUUGCUUAAACAUAUUUUCAUUUACACCUUUAAAUUAGUGUGAUUGAAUAUUCAUUUGUUAAAACCUACUUCCAAGCCAGACAAAGUCUUAAAGAGCUGUGACACCGGAAUUUGGAAUUUGAAAUUAUAUGACCCAUUUCUUUCUUUUAUACCUUUACUUUUUGCAAUCACUGUGUAAAAAUACGGCCUUCAAAAUAGUUCGAUUGACUGAGAAAGCUAUGAAACAAUUCAUAGCUUGUGGAUUAGGAGAGCGCAUCUUAAUGAUCUGAGAAUUGCAAUUAGUGAGAUUACGCUGGAAGUACAGUGAGAAACUUUCCAGACUUCCUGCUCAGGUGUAUGAAGUCUGUCUCACACACAGAUAGAGAUGGACAAUAGCUCCAUUGCAUCCUGUUUCAAGGGGGAGGAUCUCCUUCCUCAUGUGAGGAAGUAAUCCGGUUGAUGUAAUUGAAUUGGUACAGAGUCACUCCCUCUGCCAAGAGCUCUGAGCAUACAAUCAACAUGAGCUGCACCCUUUGAAGGGGCUCCGUUGUGUAUCAGAUGUGAGGAACAGCAUUGUGGGAUCUGUGCAUGUGAAGAUAGCAGAUGUGCUGAAGUCAUCAUGGUUGCAACACGCAGAAAAAAAACUUGGCCUUCCAAAGCCAGUGUUUUCUUGGGUCUGUCUUGGCAUCUUCUUGCUGGUCAGCAGUGUCCAGAGUGAUACACAAAGUGCAACCCAAUACUUCUGAGCUCCACAAAAGCCGUGAGAGUGUUUGCUUCAGGGCACGUCAAAUCUUAUCCACCAAACACCUUUGAAAAGACUUAAGCAAUUCUUAAGCAGUUGAAAUUCUUUCUGAAGGGGAUGUACUGACUGUUCUAUCCUCAGGUGAGUUUUUCUGCUAUCACUGUGAGAAUUUCCAGGUUUUCUGGCUGAAGACCUACUGGUCCAACAGCUCUUGUAGACUGCUGAGGUUUUGGAUUGUUGUUACUCAAUUCAAGCGAAUAGUUUGGAUAGCAGUGUAUCAAUGGACAAGAUUCUUCAGAAAGGUUGUGUUUACAGUUGUAAAAAAACAGCUGGAGAAUUUCUGAGGUGAAAGGACAAUACAUGCAAUGUAUAGGGGCCUUCCACAACAACGACUAAGUCCUUUGCUGCUCAGACUGCAGUCUGCUAGGGGCUCAAACAACCCUGGUGGCAUAGCUGAGAGCACUCUUGUUCAUGUUUUAUGAUUUAGGGCUCUUCAAAUCCAGUUUCCCAGACAGCUGAAUUUACCAGCUUUGAUACUUAUUUAAAAAAUUUAGUAUUUAAGAGUUGUGGGUCCCUUUCAGCUCAGAAUAUUCUAGGAUUCCAACUUGAGGGUGCCAAGUAGGUGAUAUAAUUUGGUUUGUAAUCCAGUUUCAGCUGCUGUCCAGUUGAUGAAAAGCCUACACAUUAGUACACCUGAGCUUCUGCUAUAUCAGUACGAAGUUAGGCUUGCGUUAAAAAGCUUAAACAUAUAAACCCCUUAACCAUGGCUUUAAUUGUAACACCAAAUUCGUGUAACAAGUCCUAUUCAUUAUUCUGAAGUCUUCCUUCCAUUUUAACUUAUUUUUGUCAUGAUUUUCACCUCAGUACAUUAGACAAAAUAUACUUGUUUGCUUACUGGUUUGGUCUGUUACUGGAAGUUUCUGAGGUAGAGGGAAAGGGACAUAAUUACAUGAUCCAAUAAAUUUCAAUUUCCAAUAAAUUACAUCAAUAUCUGCCUUAUCCCUGGAGCUAGUGCAUUAACUUCACCUGGUGUUUCCUUUAUGGUAUAGAACAUACUGUUGUAGGCUAACCCCAGUAGGCAGCUAAGUCCCACGCAGCCACUCACACACUCCCCAGCAGGAUGGGAGAAUCGCAGAAUCAGAAAAGAGAAGGAUGGAAGGCUCAUGGGUUGAGGCAUUUCUACAGGUAAGGCAAAGGGUAUGAGCAUAAGCAAGGGCAAUCAACUUUGCAUCCUGCAGUUCAGAAAUUUUGCUGCGUGCUCUGUUUUCACUGUGCAGCUUGUGCUCUGGUUUCAACCAUUCAGUUUAUGGGAGAGCUUGUUUGGUGCUGCUUUUCUUUGGGAGUUUCAGUAAAUCAGAGAAGGUAUCUAAGGUUUCUUUCAUCUGCCACACACUCAUGGUCUGCAAGUAUACGCA